AUGCCAAGAAAAGACUAUUACCAAAUAUUAGAAAUAGACAAGAAUGCUACUAACUCGCAAAUAAAAAGGAGUUAUAAACAAUUAUCUUUACAACUACAUCCAGACAAAAUUGGGCGAGAACAAACCGAAGAAGAAGAAAAAAAAUUAAACAACGUUCUUGAAGCUUAUGAAGUUUUAUCUAAAACAACAGAAAGAAAAAAAUACGAUCUUUAUAUUGGAAAAUAUGAAGAAGUGGGGGAAAAUCAAGAACUAAUUGACUUAGACUAUGCUAAGAAAAUCAAGCAAUUCACAGAAGACUACUUACAAAAUGUGGGAAUAGAAGAGGAAGAAAUUAUAGAACUUAAUCCGAAUAACGAUUUUUUAACUAAAUGGAAGAACAAAGUUGAUUUAAUUAUCAAUAAAUUAUCCCAAAAAGCCAUUAUCGACAAUACAAAAUCUGGUUUAGCUACUGAUUGUGAUGAUUUUUUGUGUAAAGUUAAUUAUUCUCUUAAAAAAAAACAACUUAUUAGCGAUUUUUUAGAGAAAAUCAACCUAAAAAUGAAAGAAGAGCCUUUAGUGAAGAAAGAAUUUUUAUCUUCGUGUUACCCUCUUCCAACUUUUUCAAGAAGAGAAGAAGGCAAAAGAGAAUAUCGAUUAAAUGAAAAAUAUUCUCAGAUAAAUCUUCAAAAUUUUGAGACGAUCAUCCGAGAGAUUUGUGCUAAUCUUGAAGAGAAAGAAGAAAAAACGGAGGAGGAAGCGUUGAUAGACGAAUUUAGUGAAUUAUUAAAAAGGGAAAUUGAGAAAAAAAGAAAGGAAAUAAUAUCUCAAAGCAAAAAAUUAACUUUAUUAAUCAAAGAAAAAGAAUUAGCAGAAAUUGAAAAAUUUGUCGAAGCAGACAAGGAGGAGGACCAAGCACUACAAAAAGCAGUAUACGAAAAUUACCUGACUGAAAUAGAAACUAUAAUGGAAGAAAAGCCUUUUUUACAGGCAAAAAAAGAACUAGAAAAAUUAAUUAACGACGUUUUUAGUUUAUUAAGAACUCAUUGA